UUUGUUUCGUCUGGAGGCCUCCAGCUGCUUUUAGAGAUCUUCAACUCAGGCAUCCUGGAGCCCAAAGACCAGGAGUCCUGGACCGUGUGGCUGCUGGACUGCCUGGCCUGCCUGCUGAAGUUGAUCUGCCAGUUUGCGGUGGACCCCGCAGACCUGGACCUGGCCUACCACGACGUCUUCUCCUGGUCCGGCCUAGCCGACAGCCAGCGGAAGAGGGCGUGGCCGGGCAAAUCCCGCAAGUCCACCGUAGAGCACGGGAAGGGCCUGCACAUCCCGCGGCUGACUGAGGUGUUCCUCAGCCUCGUUCAGGGCACCAACCUCAUCCAGCGCUUGAUCAACGUGGCCUACACCUACGACAACCUCGCUCACCGAGUCCUGAAGGCUCAGUCUGACCACAGGUCUCGUCACGAAGUGACUCAUUACUCCAUGUGGCUGCUGGUGAGCUGGGCUCACUGCUCGUCCACAGUCAAGUCCAGUCUGGCCGACAGCGACCACCUUCACGACUGGCUGAAGAAACUCACCCUGCUGGUGCCCGAGCCGGCUGUGAGACACGAGGCGUGUAACGGCCUCUACAAGCUCUCGCUCUCCGGUUUGGAGGGCGGAGAGUCCAUCAACAGGUCCUUCCUGCUGCUCGCUGCCUCCACGCUGCUCAAGUUCCUGCCUGACGCACAGGCCCUCAAACCACUCAGGGUGGAGGACUAUGAAGAGGAGCCUCUGCUGAGGACGGGCUGUAAGGAAUACUUCUGGCUGCUCUGUAAACUCAUCGACAACAUCCACGUGAAAGACGCCAGCCAGAAGGUCUCUCCCUCUCUGUCGCUGGCCGGCUCCAUGCAGACCACCCUGCUGGACCUGGACGCUCUCGCCCGACACCUCGCCGACUGCAUCAGGAG